AUGCCGACGUUUGGGCCGGAUGGUCGAUGUCUGAUAAAAGGCGCCACAGUAACCGCAGCAUCUCCACGACCAAGGUUUAAAAUAAAAAUAAAAAAAUCUCACAUUUUUGAUUUUUCGAAAUUAUUUUUUUUGUUUUUAUAAAAUUAAGUAUUUUUUUAGCCGCUACCCGAACCUCGAACGUCAGCGAUACAACAGAAGCUGUGAUUGGAGUCCGCCGGGAAGCCUUCAUCAGGACUUUUCUCAAGUCAACAAAAGCGCCAAUCCCAUUGCUCAGGUGGGCUUUCAAUACCGUAUUUAUACGUCUAGAAACAGAUGA